AUGAUCCUGUGGCUAAACCUGGUGUCCUUAGUAGUAGUCCUCAGAGGUGUCCAGUCUGAGGUCCAGUUGGUGGAGUCUGGAGGGGACGUGAGAAAGCCUGGAGAGUCCCUCCGCCUCUCCUGCCAAGCCUCUGGCUUCGACUUCAGCAGCCAUUGGAUGAGUUGGGUGAGACAGGCUCCAGGAAAAGGACUCGAAUGGGUGGCACUCAUAUGGCCAAAUUCUGGUACUCACUACUCUGCCAAAGUCAAGGGACGCUUCACCAUCUCCAGGGACAACUCCAAAAGCCAAGUCUAUCUGCAAAUGAACAGUCUGAAGCCGGAGGACACAGCAGUCUAUUACUGUGCGGGAGACACAGUGAGCAUAUUCGGAAUUAUGAUCCUGUGGCUGAAUUUGGUUUCCUUCCUAGCAGUCCUCAGAGGUGUCCUGUCAGAGGCCCAGCUGGUGGAAUCUGGAGGGGAUGUGAGAAGGCCUGGAGAGUCCCUCCGUCUCUCCUGCCAAGCCUCUGGUUUCAACUUCGGGGGCUAUUGGAUGAGCUGGGUGAGACAGGCCCCUGGAAAAGGGCUGGAAUGGGUGGCAUACAUAAGGUAUGAUUCAGGUAGCAUUUACUACUUGGACAAAGUCAAGGGACGCUUCACCAUCUCCAGGGACAACUCCAAAAGCCAACUCUAUCUGCAAAUGAACAGCCUUAAACUGGAGGACACGGCAGUCUAUUACUGUGCGAGGGACACAGUGAGAGGAAGUGAGUCUGAAGCCUGGCAAAAACUC